AUGAGGCUGUUCCUCCUCUUGAUAACGUCCUUAUUAUUCUCCACAUUCAGCACAACCAUUUCCCUGUCCGCCGACGGCAAAGCCCUUCUGUCCCUCUUCUCGGCGGCAGAUCCCGCGAACUCCUCAACCUCUCCUCCGCCAACGUCUCCGGGCCCAUCCCCGCCUCCCUCGGCGCCCUCGCCUCCCUCCGCCUCCUCGACCUCUCCUCCAACNGAUGAGGCUGUUCCUCCUCUUGAUAACGUCCUUAUUAUUCUCCACAUUCAGCACAACCAUUUCCCUGUCCGCCGACGGCAAAGCCCUUCUGUCCCUCUCUCCUCCCUCACAUCCCUCCAACUCCUCAACCUCUCCUCCGCCAACGUCUCCGGGCCCAUCCCCGCCUCCCUCGGCGCCCUCGCCUCCCUCCGCCUCCUCGACCUCUCCUCCAACUCCCUCUCCGGCCCCAUCCCUCCCUCCCUCUCCUCCCUCUCCUCCCUCCAGUUCCUCCUCCUCAAUUCCAACCGCCUCUCCGGCCCCAUCCCCCCUGCGCUCUCCAACCUCUCCUCCCUCCAAGUCCUCUGCCUGCAGGACAACCUCCUCAACGCCUCCAUCCCUCCCCACUUCGGCUCCCUGCUCUCCCUGCAGCAGUUCCGCAUCGGCGGCAACCCCUUCCUCACCGGCCCCAUCCCGCCGCAGCUCGGCCUCCUCCUCAACCUCACCACCUUCGGCGCCGCCGCCACCGCUCUCUCCGGCCCGAUCCCGCCCCAGCUCGGGAGCUUGGUGAACCUCCAAACCCUGGCUCUGUACGACACCGACAUCUCCGGCCCGAUUCCUGCUAGCUUGGGCUCGUGCGCGGAGCUGAGGAACCUGUACCUGCACAUGAACAAGAUCGCCGGCUCCAUCCCGCCCGAGCUGGGCCGGCUACAGAAGCUCACAAGCUUGCUUCUUUGGGGCAAUUCCAUCUCGGGUCCCAUCCCGGGCGAGCUCUCCAACUGCUCUUCCUUGGUGGUGCUCGACCUCUCCGCAAAUAAGCUGUCGGGAGAGAUUCCUCGAGAGCUCGGUAAGUUAUCGGUGCUGGAACAACUCCAUCUUUCGGAUAAUAUGUUAACCGGGCCCCUGCCGGAGGAGCUGAGCAACUGCAGUAGCUUGACCGCUUUGCAAUUGGAUAAGAACGCGCUCUCUGGGCCGAUACCGUCGCAGCUUGGGAACUUGAAGUUCUUGCAGAGUCUCUUCUUGUGGGGGAACUCGAUUUCGGGGACUAUCCCUCCGUCUUUCGGGAACUGCAGCGAGCUCUAUGCGCUCGAUCUUUCCAAAAACAGGCUUACCGGGACGAUCCCCGAUGAGAUUUUUAGCUUGGAGAAGCUCAGCAAGUUGCUGCUUUUGGGGAAUUCGCUGACCGGUCAACUGCCUCCCUCCGUUUCCGAUUGCCAAUCUCUAGUCAGAUUGAGGCUCGGAGAGAAUCAGCUCUCCGGGGAGAUCCCGAAAGAUAUCGGUAAGCUCCAAAACCUCGUCUUUUUGGAUCUUUACGGUAAUAAUUUCUCCGGGAGAUUACCUGCGGAGAUUGCUAAUAUUACUGUUCUGGAGCUUCUUGAUGUGCACAACAACCAGUUUGUAGGAGAAAUCCCUCCUCAGAUGGGGGAGCUGAUGAACUUAGAGCAGCUCGAUCUCAGCCAGAACCGCUUCUCCGGAGAUAUCCCUUCAAGCUUUGGUAAUUUCAGCUACUUGAAUAAGCUUAUUCUCAACAACAAUUUGUUAACCGGGCCGUUACCGAAAUCUAUAAGAAACUUGCAGAAGCUAACCAUGCUUGAUCUAAGCGGGAACAGCUUAUCCGGCCCAGUUCCUCCUGAGAUUGGCUUCUUAACAAGCUUGAGCAUAAGCUUAAACUUGAGCUUUAACAAAUUCGUCGGGGAAUUACCAGAGGAGAUGUCUGGAUUGACGCAGUUGCAAUCUCUGGAUCUUUCGAGCAAUUCGCUCUAUGGGAGAAUAACAGUUCUGGGCAUGCUUACGAGCCUAACAUCUCUUAAUAUCUCGUACAACAACUUCUCUGGUCCAAUUCCUGUCACUCCAUUCUUUCGAACUCUAUCGCCAAAUUCUUAUUCUCAGAACGCCGAUCUUUGCGAAUCCUUCGAUGGGUAUACUUGCUCUUCUGACCUUAUACGCAGAACUGCUCUCAAAUCGAUCAAGACCGCAGUUCUUGUCUGUGCUGUCUUAGGUUCAAUCGCACUAUUAUUCGCUCUGGUUUGGCUUCUGAUAAGCAGAAGAAGGAAGUUAGCUGCUGAGAAGGCAAUGAUUUCUUUAUCCAAUGGGACCGAUAAUUUCUCCUACCCGUGGACCUUCAUUCCGUUUCAGAAAUUAAACUUCAGUAUCGAAAACAUUCUCGAGUGUUUAAAGGAUGAGAACGUGAUAGGAAAAGGGUGUUCUGGAAUUGUAUACAAAGCCGAUAUGCCUAAUGGGGAAAUCAUCGCUGUGAAGAAGCUAUGGAAAUCGAAAGAAGAACCAAUCGAUUCAUUCGCGGCCGAGAUUCAGAUUCUAGGGCACAUUAGGCACCGAAACAUUGUGAAGUUGUUAGGGUAUUGUUCGAAUAAGUGCGUGAAGCUUCUCCUUUAUAAUUACAUCUCAAAUGGGAAUCUUCAACAGCUCCUGGAGGAGAAUAGGAAUUUGGAUUGGGAAACGAGGUACAAAAUCGCAGUCGGGUCCGCUCAAGGUUUAGCUUAUCUUCACCACGAUUGCGUGCCUGCCAUUCUUCAUAGAGAUGUUAAGUGCAACAACAUUCUGUUGGAUUCGAAGUGCGAGCCUUUCCUCGCUGAUUUUGGGUUGGCGAAACUGAUGAAUUCGCCGAAUUUCCAUCAUGCCAUGUCCAGGGUUGCUGGUUCUUACGGGUACAUUGCACCAGAGUAUGGGUACACCGCCAAUAUAACGGAGAAGAGCGACGUGUAUAGUUACGGUGUGGUACUUCUGGAGAUCCUAACCGGGCGGAGCGCCAUCGAGCCGAUGGUUGGAGACCGCCUCCACAUUGUGGAGUGGGUGAGGAAGAAGAUGGGGAGCUUCGAGCCCGCGAUCAACAUCCUGGAUUCGAAGUUGAGAGGGAUGGCAGAUCAGACGGUCCAGGAGAUGCUGCAGGCGCUGGGGAUCGCCAUGUUCUGCGUGAACUCCUCGCCGGCUGAUCGACCCACGAUGAAGGAAGUGGUCACGCUUUUGAGGGAGGUGAGGAGCCCUCCGGACGAGGCGGGGAAGACUUCGCAGCAGCCUCUCAUUAAACCCGCGAGCCACAGCUGAUAGAUGCUAGUUUCAUUUCUCUCUUUCCUUCUCCUUUUUCUUUUCUUUUUUUCGGUGAUCUCUUUUGAAGGCUAUAUUUGGUAGUUUUUGUUUGUUCCCAGAAAGAAUGCAAAUUCUAGGCAGUUGAGGGAAGAAGAAGAAGAAGAGAAGAAGAGGAGGUUUUUGGGUGUUUAAUUUGGUGCUAUGCUGGUAUUGUUGUACUGUACAGUUUUUAUUAGAUUGCAGCAUAUUGAGAUUUUCUUCA